UUUUCAAAACUGGCAUCUGUUCCAGCCCAGCGCAGCGCCGCGUUGAUCUGCUUGAACACAGCAUUCAAGCGCAUUACUAUGCUAAGUGAUCGUUUCACAACACGAGGAAGCGGCAGAUGUUUACAUGCCUCUCCCUAGUGGCCAGCGCUUCAGUAGUAUUGUACGCGAGAGCAGCCUAUCCUUCUUGCACGCCCACUGUCUGUUACACAAACUUGUAUCAUGAUUUCAAGAUCACCCCGGUCAUAGGAGGCCAUCGAGACGUCGCUCUUCUUCAAAUAGCAUCGAACAGCGCUUCGACCUGUCAAUUCAGUUUGCAUUGAAAGGAUGUGGAUUCCUAUGCUGAGUUUGACUGCUCUGCCACACGUUGGUGGAAUAUUUGGAGGUUUAAUUACACGGAAGGAGGUGAAGACCUGGUACACCACGCUCAAUAAACCCUCAUGGAGGCCACCUAAUGCUGCCUUCCCAGUGGCGUGGACCACUCUCUACACUGGCAUGGGCUACGGUUCAUACCUUGUGUGGAAAGAGCUUGGAGGCUUCACCCAGGAUGCAUUGUUACCACUGGGGCUUUAUGGGAUGCAGUUAGCGCUUAAUUGGGCCUGGACCCCCAUCUUCUUUGGCACUCACAACAUUAAACUGGCAAUGAUAGAGAUAGUGAUGCUGACUGGCACAGUGGCAGCCACAAUGGUGUCUUGGUAUCCCAUCAGCCGCACUGCAACUCUUCUCAUGGUACCAUACUUGGCCUGGCUCUGCCUCGCUACCAGCCUCAACUACUGCAUUUGGAGGGAUAAUCCAGACCCCAAAAAAGAUGACUAAAGAGGCCAAUAAAAAUUAACACUAUUCUAAGUAACACUGACUAGAAUAAACAUGCAAUCAUGCUUUUUUUAUUUUGCUUGUUGGCCAUUUUGAAGUUACCUUUUAAUAAUGAAGAAUUUAGUUUAUUUUUUAUCUUCACUUAAAAUGUUGUAAUAUCAGAAAAUUCACAAUGUAUUUUAAUUAUAAGAGAAGGAAAGGCAAUAAAAUGAGAAUGUUCUAUUGCUUCCAUGAAUUAUAUAAACUCGUUCCAUCAAUUCACUUGAGUUCAGCAUUUUACACAGAUCACUUUAUAGGCUCUUCAAACUCAAAAUAUCUCUGAUAACAGGAAAAUGUUUUGCUUGGUUCUUGCCAAUUUUUUAUGAAUAAAAAUUUUUCAUGACUCUUGGUUUCUUGGAAGGAAAUUUAGUUAAAACAUUACACUUUUUUUCAAACACCAAGCUCUCGUCAUAAACCUUUGUGGCUGUGAAAGGGUGGUGGUUUGGCAAAGUUUUUAUCAUCUAGCUAUCUUCUGUGAACAUAUGUUGUCAUGGCACAGACCAUAUUAUCAAUAUCUGCCAGAAAAUUCCCCAGUGUGCAUCAGCUUUAUGUUAUUUCACUUUUCUGUGCAACUUUCGAUUAAUGAACUGCACUUCAGCUGUUAUUCCAUCAUAAACCUAAAUUAUUUUUAAAAAUUCACAAACAUUAUCAUAAAUCAUAUUAAAAAAAAAGA